UCUGCAGGCAGUUUUGGGUCAUCGCUUUCCAUCCAUUGCAGUGGCUUCCGUUUUCUCCAAUGGUUAUCACGAAAAGACUCCAAAAAGGCUGUUUCUCUGCUUACCCUGUCCCUCUGGUGUUCGGUGGUAUUGCUGGCAGGCAAGGUUAAAAUGAACUGGUCACCUCAGAGCCAUGGAAAACAUGGAGCCAGGGCUUAGUCAGGCCCCCUAUUUUCGCUGCGAAAGGGGACUGGACUGGGUCCCUGUGUGCCAGAAGUGUGAAACCUGUGUCUUAGCGUGGAAGAUCUUUGCCACCAAAGAGUGGUUCCAGAGGGUCAGUGACACAUUGCAGAGGAGGUUUCUAGUCAGCGUCCUGGGGCAGUUCAACAGCCUGUUCCUGUUACACUACUUCCAGAGACUCCUCCAGCCCACCCAGGGGAAGGACUUCGUCUCUAACAGGUCCCGGAUCAAGAUCGGCAGGCGGGAGGGGAAGAAGGAGCGGGUGGUGAAGUCCUCCCUGAACCAGGUGUUGGAUAGAACGGCGGCGGAGCAGAAGAUGAAGGACAUCCUGGUCUGGUUCAGCAACAGCACCCCCCGGACCAAGGCAAAUUACACUCUCCUGCUGCUGCAGAUGUGCGACUCAAAGCUACUGCUCACUGCCGCUGAUGUGGUCAGGGUCCUGUUCAUAAAGGAGUGGAACAAUAUCUCAGGCCUUUACCAAGGCUCCUCUGACAUAAUGUUUUUCCCUGAGAAAAGCUACAACUCUACAUUCGACACCUCGUAUGUCUACUGGGAAGCCAGACCGAAACCCAUGUCAUUCCCGAUGUCCAAACUUUCAUCCAAUAAAAUAGGGGCUGAAAGUGCGCACAAGGAAAAAUUUGCUGCUGCGCAAAAACACAGCAGCUCCUUCCAGUUUAUCUCCGAAAUGAAUAAAUACCUGUUUGGAAAAGAGGGCAUUUACAAGCUGGCAGAAGACCCGGGCGACCUGCUGCUCAGCCUGGAACAGAUCAAUGUCCUGUCUUCUGGGUUCAGCAGACAUCGGGACUUCAUUCGCUACCUGCCUCUCCACCUCUCCAAGUACAUUCUAAGGAUGCUGGAUAAGAACAGUCUGAACAGGUGCGCCUUUGUGAGCCAGCACUGGGCUGCUCUGACCCAGCAGGUGAAGCAGGACCUGGCCAUGAACUCCUUCAUUCAGAACCAGAUUUCUGUUCUGCAGGGGUCCUACAUGAGGGGGAUAGAUCCCACCUACGCCAACAAAGUCUCUGUCCCCGUUCCCACGAUAUCGGACGACGAGAAGCGCAUGCGGUCCAAGAAUCAGAAGUGGAAACUGAGGGCAAAGAAUGAUUACAAUUUGUACAAUGCAUACCAGAACCAGGAGACCCAGAUGGUUCAGAUGGAGGAGAGGAAUGUUUUCUGUGGCACCUACAACAUCCGCAUUCUCUCUGACACGUGGGACCAAAACAGAGUCAUCCACUACAAUGGGGGUGAUCUGGUGGCUGUCUCAUCCAACCGGAAGAUCCACCUCCUGGACAUCACGAAGGCUAAGGAGAGGCACAUCGAGUUCCGAGGCCAUGCUGGUAGUAUCAAGGCCCUCUUCCUGUCUGAGCCAGACAACAUUCUCCUCAGUGGGAGUUACGACCUGACCAUCAGAUACUGGGAUGUGAAAACUGGGGUUUGUGUACGAGUCUUCUACGGCCACCAGGGGACAAUCACUUGUCUGGAUUUAUAUAAGAACAGGCUUGUAUCUGGAGCAAGAGAUGGACAGGUGAAAGAAUGGGACAUAGACACAGGGAAGUGCCUGAAGACAUUUAAACACAAAGACCCCAUCAUGGCUGCCAAGAUCAGUGACACCUACAUCGUGAGCAGCUGUGAGCGAGGCAUAGUCAAGGUGUGGCAUGCUGUCACAGCUCAGCUGUUAAAGAUUCUCACUGGUCACGAGGGAGCUGUGAAGUGCCUGUUCUUUAACCAAUGGCAUAUCCUGACUGGAGGUGCUGAUGGCCUGGUCAUGGGCUGGAGCAUGAUAGGAAAAUAUGAGCGGUGUCUGAUGGCCUUCAAGCAUCCUAAGGAGGUGCUGCACGUGUCUCUUCUCUACCUCCGCGUCAUCAGUGCCUGUGGAGACGGCAAGAUGCGGAUUUAUAACUUUCUCAAUGGCAACUGUCUGAAGGUGCUGAAGGUCGAUGCCAGAGGUGACCCUGUGCUAUCCUUCUUUUAUGAGGGCAACAGGAUGGUGGUCCAGACAGACAGCAGUAUUAUCCUGUUCCAGUUUGAAAACAUACAGUGGCAGUACGCCUCAGACAGAAGCAAAGCAAAGAAGAACAAGGACAAAGAGGAGGAGAAGGAGGGAAGCAGCCUUGGGGCUGUGUAUUCCAGGACUAGCAUUCAGGUCCAAAGCCUGAGAGAUUCGCUGUCUAGUAAACAGGAGCUCUUACUAAAUAACCCUCCCAAGACCCGAGUUGUUCUGAAGAUAGGCAAAGAGCAAUCCUUAGAGCUAUACGAAGCAGGAAAACCAGGCAUCCCUCAGGAUGGCAGGAGGAGAGCUGGUGGUGGCACGGACGACGAGGAAGACAGUCUGUUUUCACACCUUGACACCGAAGAGAGGACAAACGCAGGUGAUAUGGAAAGCCCUGGAAGUGAUAAAGUUCAUCCAAUGAAAAAGUUCUGGAAAGUCCCCAUGACACCUGACCGAUUCCUUCUGACUGUCAAUGCUUUGCAACAGGCCCACAAUUCUGGAGAAUUUGCCUAUCCCCACAGGCCCCAGACUCCAGUCAUUGAUGCCUGGGGACCUUCAAUUCCAUUUAAAAGGAAAGUCCUAACUCUCAAAGGAAAAUCAGUCCAACAUGCAGUUGAUCAGUUGCGAUCCAGCAAUCUUCUUACAGACGUGAAACAAACCAAGAUUCCCCUUGAGAUUCAGAAGCUGCAGCCCAAUUUGAAAAAAUCCUUACACAGUCCCACAGUCCAGUCCACCAUUCCCCAGCCUGUACUUAUCCGUCCCAAGAUUUCUGACAACUUAAGGAUUGAAGAGCAACCGACCAGUUCAAUUGAGGGGACAAUGCGCCGUGUAGGUCCUCUGACCAGCACGCAGGUCAUUAAACCAAACCGAAUGCUUGCUCCCAGAGGCAGCACAGCCAUCCUGUCUCUAAGGAAAGACCGGCCACGCUUCUACACAACCUUUGAUCCUCUUAGAAUGAACGCUGGGUUCAUGCUGUUGACUGUGAAGGAAGAGAAAGAAUAUGAGGAAGCCAAGAUGAAGGAAUAUCAAGCCAGUAAAUCCAAUAAAGAAGUCGACCCAGAAAAAGCCCACAGAGCUGCAUGGAUUCGUAAGAUCAAAGGUCUGCCUAUUGAUAAUUUCAUAAAGCAGGGGAAAACAGCGGCCCCUGAACUUGGGCAAAACGAAUUUAUCUAAACCAGGCUUGGGAAAAUUACAGCAUCAUUAAAACACACAGAA